CAGCGCUCCGCUGCUUCGAAACACAAUCCCCAUGCACAUCUAAGUCAAACAGUGUGCUUUCCUUCACUUACAAUCUCACACGUAAGUCGUUGCAAAGGGUUGCAUCUCCGUCGCAAAGUGUUUCAUCUGUGCAUUUGAAGGGAUGAUGGGACAGCCUCAACUGCCGCCGAAGGAAGGCAUGCAGUACAUGAGAGCUUCUGAGGGACUUACUUCCUAUAUAGAGCCUCGAAGUGAACGUGUGCGGGUGGAGCCCAUGUCUAGUGUGUUCAGGAAGAGCACUCUGCGACCCAUCCCACAAGAGAUCGUCAAACUGCACAAUGCGCCAGAGGCGGUCAACACCACGCGGCGUAUGGGUCUUUUCCCGCAGAUUAUGCACGCCUAUUUUGUCAUCGGUCGUAAGCUGGUGCUUUGGGAUCUGGGCAAUUCGGCGUUUACGAUAUACGCUGACUCGCCAGCGCCGAUUACUAGCACCACUCUAGUGCUGCCAAGACCAGGUGUAAUGGAUGCCCGGUGCAAGUAUCUCCUAGUGGUUUGUACCAAAGACAGCGUAUCUCUGGUAGAAGUGGGCUACGGCAGCGACUAUGCGCUGAAGCUAUGGGCCACAGACUUUGCCAAAUCGGGAUUGGAGUCACAAAUACUCCAGGUUGCCAGCACACCGUGCGGUCGUAUUUUUAUGGGAGCUGAAGACGGUGCCUUGUACGAGCUUUUAUAUCAGCGCCCGACAGGGUGGCUUAGUAGCAAAGGCAGCUGCUACUUACACAACCACACCAAGAACAUCAUUGGAUCCGUCUUUAACAUGCUGAUGCCGGGUCUCACUCCAGUGGCGCCCGCUAUCAUUGAAGUGGUUGUGGAUCCUGAACGAAGCCUGUUAUAUGCCCGAUACAGCAACGAUGACAUCCAGGCGUGGGAGUUCAGACCCGAAGCCAACACACCCAUCCGGUCGAUUGGAACGGUCACAGGCGCUUCACUAAUGAAAAUGGCCAAUGCAACGAGGAACGUGGAUCUAGGAUUUGCGCUCGUUUCGAUGUUGCCCACAUCCGUGGAUCUGUCAGACCAACGAGGAGGUAUCGAUCUAUUAAUAGUAACCAAUCAGGGAGCCAGGAUUCUCAUGACCACCACACCCGAUGACAGGGCAGAUGACCUAGAUGAAAACGGGCCACGAACUAAACGUAGGAAGUUAAACACAACCACGGCAAAGGACACAACGGUCAAAAGGCGGCUGGUGCUGCUUAACAGCGAUACUAACACACCUACCAACGAGCGCAUAGAAGUGUCACAGGCCUUGGUCAAAUCUGGCACAUGUAUCAUGAACACACGCACGUGUUCUUCAACCACCACUGGUACCAUUAGAGCCCCCUCGCAGUUCUCAGACGACCUGGCAGCUCCCGGUGCUGUUGUUUGUCUUACCACCGCACCCGUCGGCAACGAAGACGGCCAAGAUGUCGAGCUCUACACAUACCUCAUCGACGCCAGUGCGCAAGUGGUGGACAUUCAAGAACUGCCGCCCAUGGAGAGCCGUGUGCUGUCCAAUCUGACAGAACUAUUGCCAUCGCAGGAACAGUACACACAGCACUAUCUCUCACAACGCCGCUUCCUCGUGUUGACGUUGACGGGCGUCUACACUAUCCAAAAACAAAGGCCCAUUGAUGUUAUGAAAAGUGUUUUGAGCCAUCAUAUGGGACUGUACCCCAUCCACUCGGCUAACGAUGCCGCCACUCUACUGUCGCUUAUAUGUGAGGAGGCCCUCGACGAUAAAGUGAAGAAGGUGGCUGGAAAUUCUAUUUUCGAACUGUCGAGAACUCACCAACUCCGGCAGCUCAAGGGUCUGGCGAUUUGUAUAAAGCGUUUAAUCCAUCCCAUUUUGAGGACUUCGCUCGUGUGGGUUCCCUCAGAUGCCACCUCUAGUGCCUGUCUCGUGCGGCCCCUCUUGCCAGCUGAACACAACCUCGUGCUGUCCAAACUCAUUCGCCUGAGGGACUUCUGCCGCUCCUCGCGGUGGUCGUGCACCGAUACCGAUGCCGAGAAGUACAAUCUGGAGGCCGUGUUGGAUGCCUGCAUAGAGUGUCUUCACCUUUCCGAUGUGCUGAAUAGAUACCUUACCAGGAUGGUCCUAUCAGAAUCCACCGAGCUACAGCUGAUGAAAACGCUGCGAGCGUUGGCGGCGUUAUCGAUAGAGAGUAUAAUCCAAAGCCAAGCGGAUCACAAGAUUGUUAAAGCGUGCAUUGCUCAGAUAGCCUUUGAUUGCUCGACCGAGAAGCAAGACAAAAAGCUGACUGAUCUAAUGAUGAGUGAAUUGCGCGCCAAAUGCCCCAGUUUCUUCAGCUUAUCGGACAUGGUGGCCAAACAAGUGGUUGCGGAUCUCAAAGCGCUUGCACAGGGCCAGACACACGCCAUCAGUACACCGGCGCGCGUGAAGGAAGUUGUGCUGCCCAUUCUGGACGUGUUUGUCACACACGAUGUGUUAGACGCGACUGUCUUAACCGAAGUGGUGUCUCUCUUAGACCGAAUCUCCGCCCGACACAUGCUGGAUCUCAACGCAGAGAUAGUGCGCGUGUGCUUGCACAUAUCAGAUAAGUUAAAGGCCCAGUCAGAGGCGGCAGCAAAGUUCAAAUACACGGGGCCUGGUAGGAAUGGCUAUGGCGCGAUGAGUACGGGGGAGCGAUGGAGUGGACAUACGGUUAUUGAGCGAUCAAUGGAGGCACAACAACGUCAGCAGUGCUACGACCACAUCCUACAACACCUCAUCGGGCGCGAGCACAAGCUGUUGACAGUCCCCCUACGCUUGGCCCUGGAGAACGACAACGAAGAGUUCCUCACUACACUGUACACCAUGUUUGUGGACACCCCUGAGUUGCAUCACCACUUGGUGCGACUAACCCCUAAACACCCCAGGAUACUAAAGAACUUCCUCUACACCACCGUCAAAGAAGCCAUCGACAGCAUCGGUAGAGCCGAUGCACAACAGGUGAAGCUUCUGCUGACGAGGGCGGAUCUGUUCUGCCAGUACGAAUACCAAAAUAAAAACCAUUACAAGGCCGCCGAGAUCAAGGUGCUUAUAGCCGACACACAAGGCCUGAUAGACAUUGAGCAGCGAGUGACGCUGUACCGUGAAGCAGUGGUGUAUGCACGUGCAGCUAAGGCCAGCCCAGAGGUGUUGGAGUUCAUCUCAGAGGCCGAGGGUCGUGUCGACUUGGCGGAACUACAAAAGUGCAUCUCAAAUAAUCUGGACGACAUCAUCUACGAUCUGCGAUCAACAGAAAGCGACGGAGAACGCAUGCAAUACUUAGAAAUAAAAGACCAACUACAACGGCUGUGCUACGGUAUCUCGGAGCUAUACAACUUUGCCGAGCAAUUAGAAAUGACGGAUAUCCAGCUGCGCUUGAUGCAGAGGGCUGGUUACCGUGACAACGAGAAGGUCAUCAGCCACUGGAACAAAAUUGUGGAUGAUGCGAGUGACUUCCAGUCGCUGCUAGAAACAAUUAAGCACUUGGGUACCGCUUUUGGAUCGUCCGAGUAUUUUCCCUGGGAUAUAUAG